CAUAAAAUUUAAAAAAAAAAUGCCACAAACCCUAGUCGUCUUCUUGUUCUAUAUAAGUGGAGUAUAAACCCUAGCAUUUGCCUUAAAACAUUUUUAUCGCCUCACACUCUCUGUUUUCACUUAGUUUCUGAUUCUUCACUUUCAUUACUUCAAACUCUCGCAGCGAUGAGACCUCCAAGAGGCCGUGGUGGUGGCGGGUUUAGGGGCAGAGGUGAUGGUGGAAGAGGGAGAGGAAGAGGAGGUGGUGAUAGGGGUGGUAGUGCCAUGAAAUCCCGCGGCGGUGGCCGUGGUGGAGGCCGCGGCGGUGGAAGAGGCCGUGGAGGAAUGAAAGGUGGAAGCAAGGUUAUAGUUGAGCCUCAUAGACACGAAGGAGUUUUUGUCGCCAAGGGAAAAGAAGAUGCCCUUGUUACUAAAAACAUGGUCCCUGGUGAAGCUGUCUACAAUGAAAAAAGAAUUGCCGUUCAGAAUGAAGAUGGGACUAAAACUGAAUACAGGGUAUGGAAUCCGUUCCGAUCUAAGUUGGCGGCCGCCAUUCUCGGCGGUGUUGAUAAUAUUUGGAUUAAACCUGGUGCUAAAGUUCUUUACCUUGGAGCUGCUUCUGGCACUACUGUUUCUCAUGUAUCCGAUGUUGUUGGUCCCACUGGUGUGGUUUAUGCAGUGGAAUUUUCUCACCGGAGUGGUCGAGACUUGGUUAACAUGGCUAAAAAACGAACAAAUGUUAUACCCAUCAUCGAAGAUGCUAGACAUCCGGCCAAAUACCGGAUGCUAGUUGGAAUGGUGGAUGUCAUAUUUUCUGAUGUUGCUCAACCUGAUCAGGCGAGGAUUCUAGCUUUGAAUGCAUCGUUUUUCCUAAAAGCUGGUGGUCAUUUUGUUAUUUCAAUCAAGGCUAACUGCAUUGACUCAACGGUUCCAGCCGAGGCAGUGUUCCAGAGUGAAGUUAAGAAACUUCAACAGGAGCAAUUCAAACCUUUUGAACAAGUGACGCUCGAACCGUUUGAGCGCGACCAUGCUUGCGUUGUUGGUGGUUACCGGAUGCCAAAGAAACAGAAAGCUGCAACAUAAUGUUUUUGUAGUCUUGUUUUUAAGCCCUAAGUUUCGUGGCUUUGGAUUAAAAAUGAUGAACAUGUUUUGGGAUCUAAUAUCUUUCUUUUUUGUACUAAAAAUCAAACUUAUUUCUACUGAUGAAACAGGGCUCUUAAUUAGACAAACAAAGCACAUGUAUCAUGUCUCUUAUUUUUAGAGAGGGUUCAAUCAUUAUUUGAGUUUGGGUUUGACAAUAA